AUGACUGCCAUCGAGUCAAUCAAGGACAAAUACGAAGCGGAACGCUCGAAGAGAUACGUCGCCAUCUCAACCGGAAAAGGCGAACGUAUCAAGUUUAGAGACAGCUCUCUCUUGGACAACCUGGACCAAGACCCCUGGGCCAACUACGACGCACUCGCCAAGCAGCCGGCGCCUUUGAAGGGCGGUUCCGAGAUCCAAUUUCUGAUCCUCGGUGCCGGUCAUUGCGGAAUUCUCUUCGCCUACCACUUGAUCGCGGCUGGGUUCAAGCCCUCGGAGAUCGUCGUUGCCGACGUGGCUGGCGGCUUCGGCGGCACCUGGUACUGGAACCGCUACCCGGGCUUGACCUGCGACGUCGAGGGAUACUGUUACCUGCCACUUCUCGAAGAAACAGGAUUCGUUCCUCAGCACCGCUACUCCAAGGGCGAGGAAAUCCGGCGAAAUGUCGAAUGCAUUGCCGAGAAGUUCGGCAUUCAGGGGAUGUUCUGCACCAAAGCCAAGGGUGCUGAUUGGGACGACGACAAGAAGCGAUGGGCUGUGAAACUCGAACGCAAUCUAGGUCCGAAGCACGCCGACUUGAACGGUGAAUUCGUCGUGAACGCCCAGUUUCUCAUCCCCACCGGCGGCAUCUUCUACUCUCCCAGCGCCCCUGAUGUUCCAGGUCUCGAGACGUUUAUGAAGAAUCAGACAAUCUUCCACACGGCUCGUUGGAAUUACGAAUACACUGGCGGCACCCAAUCUCAGCCCGACUUGGUCAACUUGAAAGACAAGAGAGUCGGCAUCAUCGGCACGGGAGCAACUGCAGUUCAAGCUGUGCCAGAGCUCGCCAAGUGGUCGAAGCACCUCUAUGUGUUUCAACGCACUCCGUCGUACUGUGGUCCUCGCGAACAGGUCCAGACGACCCCCGAGAGCUGGGCAAAGGUUGCCGGAAAAGCCGGCUGGCAGUACGAGAGGAUGAGGAACCUGAACAAAUUCCUCAACGAUCACCCGGAGGUGACUUCCGACGAUGACCUCCUUCAAGACGGAUGGAGCCGCGCUCGUCAGUUCUCAGGACUAAUCGGCAGCCCACGUGCCAAGGACGUCACCAUCUCCAACAUCCAGGACCACAUCGGUCGCCUACUGGAGCAAGACGCGGAGAUCUCUUCCAAACUCCGCGAACAUGUCGACCAUGAGAUCGACGACCCGGAGUUGGCGGAGAAGCUCAAGGCGUGGUAUCCCGGCUGGUGCAAGCGCCCGACUUUCCACCAGCAGUAUCUCAAGUCCUUCAACCGCCCCAACGUCUCCCUCGUCGACACGGACGGCCAGGGCAUCUCGGGGUAUACUGAGAAUGGGAUCCUCGUCGGCACGGGGGAUGCUGCCAAUGAGUACGAGGUCGACGUGCUGGUGCUGGCGACUGGGUUCGCGACUACAACUGGUGUCGACGGAGACCCUUCUCAGGUGCUCGGGAUUCCCAUUCGAGGCCGUGGCGGUCAAAGCUUGACCGAGAAGUGGGGGGCUGAUGACUUUGGUACCUUCUUCGGCGUGGCUACGCACGACUUCCCCAACCUGCUCUUCUACACAUCAAAGGGUGCCACGGGCUCGGCCAACACGACGUAUCCGUUGGCGAUCGCUGCGAAGACGGCGGCACAUAUUGCAAAGAAGGCGGUCCAGCAGGCUUCCAAUGCCGAAAAGGUCGAGGUUGAAGUCAGCAAAGAGGCGGAGCAGCAGUACACGCAAGGACUGCAGAAGUACGCGGCCUGGUAUGCUGCCGUGCCCUACUGCACUCCGACUUACUUCACCGACUACAGAGACCCCUCUAAGCCCAGCAGCAAAGGGCCGACUGUGGGCUGGAGUCUGGGAACGGUGGCAUUCGAAAAGGCCGUUGAUGAAUGGGCUGAUGGUGGACUCGAGGGGUUUGCUGUACGAGGUUAA